GAGUCCAGCAUUCCGGGAGCAGAAACCCGCGGCCGGGAACCGCCACGCCUUCCCUGUCGCCCUUCGCUUCAAGUUUGGGAACCAUGAGGGCGCUUGGCUGGGGCAGCCACGGCUCCGGCACCACCCCGAAACCUCGGUCGCCCCUGGGGAGGAGAGCACAUGGUGCCCACAGUUUGAACCCGUGGUAGGCGGCGAGGAAGAAAGAAGGGCGGCCGAGCUCUCCCGAGGUUGACAAACCACUGUGUUCAUUACCAACAGGACCCAGGACAGGAGAGUGCAAAGGCGGCUAUGAGUAGUCCCAGUGCCAAGCCAACAUGUCUGUCACAACCUGUGGUGAAGAGUGUGAUGGUGUAUCGCAAUGGAGACCCUUUCUUCCCUGGCCGACGUGUUGUUAUCCACGAGAAGAAAGUGUCCAGUUUUGAUGUCUUUCUAAAGGAAGUGACAGGUGGCGUGAAUGCUCCUUUUGGAGCUGUGCGGAAUAUUUAUACACCCCGUGGUGGACAUCGCAUUCGUCAGCUAGAUGAGAUUCAAAGUGGAGAGCACUACGUUGCAGGUGGUAGAGAAGCUUUCAAAAAACUAAAUUAUUUGGAUAUUGGAGAGCCAAAGAAAAGACCUGCAGAAAUUAAUAAUGAGUUAUCUCUGGAAGAUGUGAAGCCAGUUACCCACAGCAGAAUUAAUGUGUCUGCACGCUUUCGAAAACCACUUCAGGAGCCAUGCACUAUAUUCCUAGUUGCUAAUGGUGAUCUUGUAAGCCCAGCAGUGCGUCUUUUCAUCCCAAGGAAAGCACUAAAUCAGUGGGAUCGGGUUCUUGAAAUGGUUACUGAGAAAGUUACACUCAGAAGUGGAGCUGUACACAGGCUUUACACUUUAGAUGGAAAACCUGUGGAAAGUGGGAUGGAUUUGGAAAAUGGACAGUUUUACGUAGCAGUUGGCAGAGAUAAGUUUAAGAAAUUGCCGUAUAGUGAACUAUUGUUCAGCAAAUCCACAGUGAAGAGAUCUUAUGGCUCAAAGACAUCCUCACUACCACCUAUUGGUGGAUCUGGAAAAUCAAAGGGGAGUUCAAAAUCUACUGACACAGGAGACACAUUGUCUUCUCCUCAACCUCCAAAGAGAAAGGAAAAGAUUGGACACAAUCAAGAAUCUAGAAAACCUACUAAAUCAAAAGAAGAUGCACAAAUUAUAACCAAAUCUUACAUUUUUCCUGUUAAUGAUGACGGUGUUUACAAAGCUGGAAAAAAGCGAUCUGAAAUGCGAGGGGCAGCAGAAGUCCAAGAAGAUGAAGACACUCAAACUGAGGUCCCAGUAGACCAGCGACCAGCAGAAACCGUGGAUGAGGAAGAAAAUGUAUCACCAGAACAUAAAGCUUUAAAAAAAAGAGAAUAUGCAACGAUGAAUGGAGAAAACGGAGAGGCUAUUAAUGGAAUGGAGGAAGGCAAAGAGAAACAGAAUGACCAUUAUCAAGAUGAAUUACAAGGGCAGAACCUUGACCAAGCAGGACAAGAGGCUAAUGGCCACAUGCAUGGUAGCACAAAUGAAGAAAAUGGUGAGGAAAUGGAUCCCAAUAGUCAUCCAGAAGAAACAAAAGAAGGUAUUGAUGAUCAAAUCCAGGUUGAUUCCAAUGGGGUUUAUGAAAAAGUCCCAGCUCCAAGAGUCACCAUCACCAGUCCACAAGAAAGUGAGAAGAAUGAACAAACCAAUGACUAUGCAGCCGUGGCAUAGGAAUAUUUUAGAGACAUAUAUUCUCAGAAAAUGAAGAAUUUUAUGUUUGGAACAAAGGGUGUCAUUUUCCACAUUUGAUUAAUUUAUGGUAUAAUAAUAUGAUGGAACUUUUUUUACCCAUUAUGCCUUGACAUGAAAAGAAUAUUCAGACACAACUUCAUUAAAGGGAUGUCCAUUAAAAGGAAGUUUAAAUUAUAAAUGCCGACACAAGAUACAAAAUUUUAAGGGAGUAUAUUAAUGAAUAGGGUCAUUAUGGAAGAUGAAAUAUUAAAACAUUAGCCCUAGGUAAGUUUACAAGAAAGAGAUUAAAAAAAAAACAGGUGAAUGAGCUAAAUGAUAUUUUUGUGUUUUUUUAAAAAAAGUCUUUAAACCUUUUUAAGAUGAAUACAUAUUUAUAUAAGCUGCAGUGUAUUCAGAAAAUUUACAUUACUACUAGGGGUAUGACUCUUGGUGAUAAGGUGAAUGUGGCUAGGACUACAUUAGACUUGAUCCUUAACCUUAACUGACUUCUACUAUAUUUAAGGGCUUUUUCUAUUAGAUUCAUUUCAUAUUUACAUGUGGAUCUGCUCUCCCCACUGAAAGGAAUGGUAAACCACUGCAUGUAUAAGAUAGCAGCAUAUACUGAUUGGAACCCUCAUGCCUGGAAUGAAUUGCUGAAUCAGUGGACAGAAUGUGGUCACAAAACAAAGAAGGUUUAUUAAAUCAAUUAACUAUAGAAAUCCUGCUGCAUGCACAUUAAUUGAUAUAUCCUGCAUGCAGUUACAUUAUUGUGAAUUUGAUGAUUGGCUGCUGAUUGGAUUUUGAAAGUAAGUACAUUCAUAAAUUCAUCCAACAUUAUUUUGUUCUGUGCAGCAGAGGUUGGUUGCACCCGGUUCGGCCCAGAUCGGGUGAGCUGGUAGUGGUGGCAGCGGGAGGCUCCGCCCAUCUGGAUGUUUCUGCGCAUGCACAGAAGCGUCGUGCACAUGUGCAAGCGUGCAUGCCAGCACGAGCGAACCAGUAGCACCAGGAUUUGCAACCCACCUCUGCUGUGCAGAUUAUCCUAGUUUAAGUCAAAUAUUCCUUCAAGUCAAAAGAUUCUUCUAAUUGUUCCUAUCAGGAACAAUCUGAAUAAUCACGGCAAGUUGCUAUAUAAAUUUACUGCUUAUGUCCACUUUUUAAAACCCAGGACACAUAACCAAUCACAAUAUUAUGGUUUGAUAAUUUUUUUUAAAAAAACCCAUUAUUUUCAAAAUUAACUCCAACUGGCAAAUCAUGUUCCCUUUGUCUUAAAGUUCAGUUUAUGAAGAACUGAUAUUUUCAAAUACUGAAAAACUAUUGAUAGUUUGUAUAUAUCUCCAUUUAUCCUGGACUCUCAGACUCCAGAAAGAGGCUUAGUUUUAAACUGUUAUAGGAGUUAAUGCUCACUAGGGUCAUAUGUUUGUUUUAUGUGAGAUCUGUAAUUACUUCUAAAUUUUGCUGAUAGCCCUUGUUCAAGCCAUUUGUAUUAUAUAGGUUGAAUCUUUAUUCUAAGUUGAUAUGUUUAGCUUGUUUUUUUUCAAAUAAUUUGACCACCUUAAAAUAUCUUUGUUGUUAUUAUAUAUGAAUAACUGAACAUGUUUUAACAUGUAAUCCUGAGGCUGACCUACAGACAGCUAGUCCGAAUUUUUGUCUACCCUAUUCUAAUAACAGUAUCCAUAUUGAUGCUAUAGUUAGCAACUGACAUUUGCUAACUAUGCAGAUAGCAUAGAUAGCUAAUGCCAUUUUAAUCAGAAGGAUUGUAACUCAAUUCAAAAAGUGACCCUCCCAGUUCAAUUAGUGUUCCUAGAAAUUAAUUUAUCUCUAAGCUGAUGUGACACUGAAUAAAUGCUGUCUGUAGAUCCUCAACCCUCUGUUUUCAGUGAUAGAAGUAAUAGCGAGAGAUUGAUUUGUGGCCACCGAACACAUUUUUACUCAUUAUAUACUGAUGUUUCAAAUAUGGUUAAUUGGCCUUUGAAAAUAAUUCUUGUCCUAUCGGAUCCUGGAUCCAUUUAUGUACUCGUUUUAAAACUGCUUUGGUUGUUUGUACUAAAGAUGGAUAAAUGGAUGCAGCUUAUUAAAACAUCAAUAUUUUUUAAAAGAAUAUAUUUUAAAGAAAAUAUACUUUUGGAAGCAAAUAUAUAUAGUAUAUAUUGAUUUGUCAAACAUGUUUAAUGAAAGCAUUAUAAAUAAAAUUAUAUGCCCUGAUUCUA